GGGGCGGGAGCGCGCGCAGCCAAUCGGCGGCGGGGGUGGGCCCGGGCGCCGCGGGCGCACUGACGGCCGGUGGACCGAGCCUGAAGCGGACUGCGGGCCGGUGACCGUUGCUGAGCGGCGGCGAUGGCGACCGCGAUGGCAGCGACGGCGGCGGAGCGAGCAGUGCUGGAGGAGGAGUUCCGCUGGCUGCUGCACGACGAGGUGCACGCCGUGCUCAGGCAGCUGCAGGACAUCCUCAAGGAGGCCUCGCUCCGCUUCACUCUGCCAUGCUCUGGUACGGGCACCGAGGGGCCUGCCAAGCAGGAGAACUUCAUCCUUGGCAGCUGUAGCACAGACCAGGUGAAGGGCGUGCUGACUCUGCAAGGGGACGCGCUGAGCCAGGCGGACGUGAACCUGAAGAUACCGCGGAACAACCAGCUGCUGCACUUCGCCUUCCGAGAGGACAAGCAGUGGAAGCUGCAGCAGAUCCAGGAUGCCAGGAACCACGUAAGCCAGGCCAUUUACCUCCUUGCCAACCGGGAUGAAAGUUACCAGUUCAGGACAGGAGCAGAGGUCCUCAAGCUGAUGGAUGCUGUGAUGCUGCAGCUGACCAGAGCCCGCAACCGCCUCACCACCCCGGCCACCCUUACUCUGCCUGAGAUCGCUGCCAGUGGCCUCACGCGGAUGUUUGCCCCUGCCCUGCCCUCCGACUUGCUUGUCAACGUCUACAUCAACCUCAACAAACUCUGCCUCACCGUCUACCAGCUGCAUGCCCUGCAGCCCAAUUCCACCAAGAACUUCCGCCCAGCUGGAGGCGCCGUGCUCCACAGCCCUGGGGCCAUGUUUGAGUGGGGCUCCCAGCGCCUGGAGGUGAGCCACGUGCACAAGGUGGAGUGUGUGAUCCCAUGGCUCAACGACGCCCUCGUCUUCUUCACUGUGUCCCUGCAGCUCUGCCAGCAGCUCAAGGAUAAGAUCUCCGUGUUCUCCAGCUACUGGAGCUACAGGCCUUUCUGAGCAGAGCACCCAAGAGCCUGACCCCCAGGGAAAUGGCCCUUGUCCCCCUCACCCAUCCCCCCAAGAAUGCUGGCCAGAGCCAGAACCGGGCAGCCUGGGCUAUUAUUUAUUUUCCUCUUCAUCCCAUCCUGCCCAUCACAUUUGCACAGAUGGAAAUGAACACUGGAACCACUGAGAGACAGGGAUGCUGGCUUCCUUUUCAUUUCGUAGGGGGUGGUCAGGAAGGUGGGACGGGGGGCGGCCAGGAAGGCAGAGCCCAGAGGUGGCCCACAUUCCAAACCCUGCCCUCCCUGCACAGCAGGAACCUUUGGACCCAGGGUGGCACCAGGCCCAGGGGCCCUCCUUCCCCCUCCUUUUUCUGCCUUCUGAGCUGCCCCAGGAUGGUACGAGCAGCGGCACGCCCCCCUCCAGUGGAAGGUGAGGAGUGGGUGGUGGCCCUAAGCUGUGAGUCAGGAGGGCAGACAGAAAGCCAUCCACCACCAGCUGUGAUACCCUUGAAUGCGUCUGCUCCAUGUCCCUCACAAGGCCUCCAGGAAAUAAAGAUCAUCUGACUUUA